AACGGAAAUGUAAAUAACUCGCCCCUUUAUUUUAAAUUGUUUGAAAAGGGUUAAAAAUACAAAUAAUACAAAUAACUAACAAGGAUUUUAAAACUUUAGGGUUUUAAAAGGAAAACUUAAAGAUUAAUUUCAACAUUUUAUAAACAAAACCCAAAAAAUGUCUGCAGUCAUGGUUGCCAUAUUGAAAUUAUUAUUUUUAUGCGCUUUGGCUCAUAGUGUUAGCUGUUUGGCUCUACCGGCCACCACUGUACCCAAAACCUAUGAAACAACCACCGAUCCUCCUCACCAUAUCCCAGAAUAUUUAAUUGUACGCGGUGAAGAUGGUUCCCAAGAAAGUACCGAGUACAAAAUGGCCGGCUCGUUGUUGUUGAAAUCAUUUCAGGCUCCAACAGUGACCGAUCAAUCAUUGGAGGAAUGUAGUAAUCCCUCGCACAAGGCAGUAUUUUCUCCUUAUGAUUAUACUGUAUUGCUAACUAUGUUGGUGAUAUCUUUGGGUAUUGGCAUAUUCUAUGGUUUUUGCAAGAAGUCGGGCAGUUCUUCGAAUGAGUUUUUACUCGGUUCGGAAAUGAGCAUAUUCCCGGUGACCCUAAGUUUGACUACUAGUUUUAUAACGGCCAUUGAAUUGCUGGGCAAUCCUUCGGAAAUGUACUUCCAGGGCACACAGUUUGUUUUGAUAGUUAUUCCCAUGGUCUUUGUCAUCCCUGUGGCCGUAAAAAUAUUUUAUCCGAUUUAUUUUAAAAUGGAAUUGACCAGUUGUUAUGAAUAUUUGGGUAUACGUUUUGGCAAGGAAAUUCGUGUACUUGGUGCAGUUUUAUAUGUAAUACAGAUGUGUUUCUACACCGCUGUGGCUGUUUUAGCACCCGCUAUAGCUCUCUCGAAAGCUACGGGUUUGAAUACAAAGAUAGCUGUGAUUUUAAUUUAUGUUGUGUGUGUCUUCUAUUCAUCUCAAGGAGGCAUGAAGGCUGUUGUUAUAGCCGAUACUUUUCAGGCUGUUGUUUUGGCCAUCUCCUUGGUGUUGGUGGUUGGUUUGGGCUGUUACUACAGUGGAUCACCAGUAGAAGUGUUUAAAACUGCUGCUGAGAGAGAUCGUUUGGAAUUUUUCAAUUUCAAUUUUGAUCCCACCACACGUCACACAGUGUGGUCAGUGGUUAUAGGUGGCUUUUUCUAUUGGACCUCCCUGUUCUGUACCAAUCAGGCUUCGGUGCAGAAAUGUAUGUCUUUAAAAUCUUUAAAGUUGGCUAAAAUAGCUUUAGGAUUUGCCAUAAUGGGUUUGGUGGUUGUUUUCCUGCUUAAUUUCUACACCGGUUUGAUGGUGUUCAAUCAUUAUGCCGACUGUGAUCCUUUAACGGCGGGACGUAUUACAGCCAGCGAUCAGUUGUUGCCAUUUUAUAUAAUAAAUACUUAUGAACAUAUUUAUACAGUUGCUGGCAUAUUUGUGGCUGGUAUAUUUGCAGCCAGUUUGGGAACUGUGGCCUCUGCUUUGAAUUCCCUUUCAGCCGUUACUUGUGAGGAUUUAUUGGUGAAUGGCAUGAAUAUAAAAAUUUCGGCCGAUAAAGGUGCUCUUUAUGCCAAAUGGAUGUCAUUGGGUUUUGGUAUUUUCUCAUUCGGUCUGGUCUUUAUUGUGGAACGCUUGGGCGGUGUCUUACAGGCCACUCUCACCUUAAACGGUUUAAUUGGUGGAGUCACAUUAGGCCUGUUUGUUUUGGGUAUUGCUUUUAAAAAUGCCAAUACCAAAGGAGCCUUUUAUGGUGGCAUUAUUUCUUUAAUAAUAGUCAUCUUUAUUGGUGUCGUCGCUCAAAUAGCAAAUGUUGAACCAGUAUCUUUACCAGUAUCCGUGGAAAAUUGUGAUUGUUUGGUGAACGCCACCCAAACAUUGGGUGCUGUUUUCAUGGAAACUAUAGUGGAGGAGGAAGUAUCGGGAUUUACUUCCUGGCCCAUUUUCAAACUAAGCUACAUGUGGUAUUCCAUGAUCGGUUGUUUGCUCACCAUGUUUUUGGGUCUAAUCAUAUCGGCCAUAAUUAAUACCCUACAAAGACGUCGAGUUUUCAAAAUAACCUCUGUUCAAAAUUCCAACAACAUGAACAUGAAUAGCGAAUCGAAUAUGAAACCUAAUAAUAAGAUUACCACGACAGCUGCCGCCAUUACAGUUGAUGCUAAACCCUCGGAAGAAGGUUGUCAUGUCAAUCAUGCCAUACGUUUAGAUGAUGAAUAAAACAAUCAUUAACGAUGAUGCCAAAUAAUUCACUUCUAAACUUUGUAUUAUCAAUUUAUAUACUGAACUUUAACAUAUUCCUUUGAUAUUUAUUUCCCUUUUUUACAUUACAUAUGUAUGUGUACAAAUUACCUCUUAGUAUUUAGUUAUUCCACAUAAAACCACUUAGUUACUAGCUCAAAAUUGUUUUUUUUUUUAGUGAGUUCCAUGCUCACCCCAGUGAUACACCAAAACUUAACUUAAUUUUAAGUCUACUAAAGCACCAGUAUUUAAUUUUAUAAAUAUAUAAACUAUAAUAGAAUAAUUUUUUUGUUUGUUAAAAUUUCUUUACGAUUUUGUAAAUGAAAAAAUAUAAAAUAAAAAUAUUUAAAAAUAUAUAUUAAAUGCAUGCAAAUAUAUAACGAAAUAAAACUAUUUACUGCAAUGA